GCCACCAGUGAACCAGUUUUUCUGGAAGCUCAAACAACCAUGACAUGCGACAGUGUUACCACAAACACAGAAAGGGACCAGAUGGACAUGGACCCGUCGGAGCUGCCCACUCCCGAGCCCCAGUACCCGUCGGUGCUGCCGACCUCCGAGGUCCAGGACCCGUCGGAGCUGCCGACGACCCCUGUACCCCGGGACCCAUCGGCGGAAGGCCGACCCUGGUUCCCCGUGACCCGACGCCGCUACCGACCCCUGAUCCCCGGGGCCCGUCGGCGGCGCCUAUUGCCCCUGCCCCGUCUCCAUCCCGGUCAGUCCCCGCUCCCCGUCCCCCGGUCGACCCCAGAGGUCCCUCCUUCCGAGCCCGGUUCCCCAGAGCCCCCUCCUCCGCCCAAGCUCUCAUGGGGGGGGGGGGGGCAGGGGGAGUAGGUUAGGCCGGAUGGAGCCCCGGCCUAAAUCAAGUGGUGGGGAUAUAUGGCAGCUGUCCCCAAUCUGGCCUCGGCUGCUGGCUGGUUGGUAAUCAGUCAGCUGCUCUGACUGAUUGGCAAUCAGUCAGCAACCGAUGCUGCUUGUAUAAAAGGGCAGCAGAGCUGGAGGGAGGGGGGAAGUGAGCGGAGGCGCAGGUUUUGCGGUCUGCUGUGUGUGUGAAUAAAAUGUCGUUCAACGAAA